AUGUGUGGCAGAUUUGCUCUUGGUAUCGCAAUUGACCAGCUUCCUCAGAAGCUCAACGAGACCGUGCUCAACCCCGGCUCCAAAAACCAAUUGGCCAAAAAAUCAGCCAAUCACUACACUACAACCACCAGCGCAGGCCCCGACGGGGAGGAGCACGAUGUGGCUAUCGACUUGGUCUCAUUGGACUUUGAAGGCAACUUCAACAUCCCUCCUACCACCAAAGCAGUGAUCAUUUACUUGAACAAGACAGACGAUGGAAAUUCCUUCGACUAUGUCUUGGAGCCUCUGAGCUUUGGGCUUGUUCCCAAUUUUGAAAAACCCAAGGACCCCACGCCAGUGAAGAGAGGGGACAAGCACGGCCCACAGUACUCAAAAGAGCUCCAAAGCGAGCAGCUGAAGAGAUUCAAUUACCGCAAAGAAACCAUUGGCAACAACAAGUCGGUGUGGACAGAGCCUCGGAAGAAUCUGCGGUGCGUGGUGCCGAUCCAGGGCUAUUUCGAGUGGCAAAAGACGAAAAAGGACAAGCCGGCGUACUUUGUCACGUCAAAGGAGAGACCUCUUCUCUUUCUUGCUGGACUUUACGCCCACAACACCAAUUAUAACGACACUGAGAUCGUGAAGGACGGCGACAAGUACCUUUCGUCAUUCUCCAUUGUCACGGGCCCAGCUGAGGGUGAAGGUUCUAACGACUUGCUGUGGCUCCACGAGAGAAAGCCCAUUUUGCUUGAGCCCAACUCGAAGGAAUGGUUUGACUGGCUCACGCCUAACCACGAGUGGGAUCCAAAGCUUUUGGAGACAUCGUUGAACCACACCAACAACAAGGCCUAUGAUGUGAUCACCAGCUACGAAGUCGACAAGUCCAUUGGCAAUCCUGGUGUGAAGGGACCAGAAAUUUUGAAGCCCGUAAAGAAGAGCCAGAAGGGAAUCGGCUCGUUCUUCAAGGCUGGCGAGAAGAAGACGAAGGAGGAGCCAAAAGAGGAGCCAAAAGAGGAGCCAAAAGAGGAGCCAGAGGAGGAGCCAGAGGAGGAGCCAAAGGAGGAACCAAAGGAGGAACCAAAGGAUGAAGAUGAUGGGGACGAGGAAGAGUUCAAGGUUGAGGAUUUGGACGACGACGGGGUCCCUGAGGAUGGAGUGAAGGAUGUGGAUGACGUCGAAGAUGAUGGAGCCUACGAGGAAGAUGCCGGCGAGGAGGUUGGCGAAGAAGAAGAAGAAGAUGACUUCGAGGAAGAGAACGAUGAGGAUGUACCUGACGUCAAAGAAGAAGUCGAAGAGAUUGAGGAAGACGAAGAAGACGGCGGCGAUGAACCAGGCAAUGUGGAGGUUGUUGAGGACGAGAACCCUGGAGAGGACGAGGUUGGAGAAGAUGAUCUCGACGACGAGGACGUCAAAGCCGAGGCUGAGGAGCUUGGUGUUGAGGAAGAAGAAGAGCCACCUGCUGGGUCCAAGCGUAGUAAGAGCAAGGCUGGUAACCAGCCUAAGCGUGGUAAGCGUUGA